AUGACAUCUUCAAUUCCUCAAGAAUGUUUAGAAAUGAUUUUCGAGUUUAUUGAUCGACAGUUUCUUUUAUCAUGCUUAUUGGUGAAUCGAUUUUGGUGUAAUAUUUCAGUACGGAUCCUUUGGAGAACCAUAUUAAAUUACAAAACCUUCUACGCCUGCCUUCCCAAUGAAUCGAAACUUUUGUUACAAGAAAAUGGAAUCAUCAUCCCAACUCCGACUUCAAGACCUUUAUUAUUUAAUUACGUUGAAUUCAUUAAAAAGCUUAAGGAAAUGACAAUAAUUUUGGGACAUUCUAAAAUUCUACCAAACUACCCCAUAAACAAAAGAGCGUUAAUCGUACAAGAAACGUUCAAGAUGAUAAUGAAGCAUGCUUCAUUAAAAGAAAUAGAUAUUAAAACGACUUUUUCUUUCUUGACCAUCAAUGUACCAUACAUUACCUUUCCUGGAGCGAACCUUUGUUUUCAAAACCUUUGCAAAUUUGUUGGGGAUUCAUCUACAAACUCCGAAUUUUGUUCUCGACUUGCCGAUAUCUGCAAAGAUAUUAAGAAGUUCAAAAUGGAAAUUGCCGAAGAUAUAAAUGAAGGAAUGAAAAAAUUUAUUUCUGUUCAAAGAAAUAUUAAGGAAUUUGAUAUACUUCUUCAUAAUAAUAGAUGUACGAAUAUCGUCCCCACUUUAAUGAACAUUGCAGAUACGUUAAUUAAAUUGAACUUUGAGGGAUUAAUGUUUUGUCCGAAUAUGACAUUCAUUAGUAAAUUUAUCAAUUUGAGAGAACUGUCCAUAAUACUCAGUUAUGAUCAUGAGAAUUUGAGCGCGUUGCAAUAUGUGACGCUUCCUCAAUUAAAAAGAUUAUCAUUAAAAGGUGCGGGAAUUCCUCGGGAUUAUUUAUCAAGGUUCCUAGAAAACCAUGGAAGGAAUUUAGAUAAACUCACCUGUGAUAACACGUUGAAUUCUGUCAUAAUUAAUUAUUGCCCGAAAUUAAAUUUUUUAUGUACUUCGUUCUAUGAAGAAACUGAGUUACGGUUCCUCCUUAAAAAUUGUGAAAAAUUAACAACCCUUGAAGUGGAUUGUUAUCAAAGUUCACUUAAUGAAAGCAGGGUCUUGGCAAGUGUGGCUGAAGUUGGCGCAUCUACCUUAGCAGAGCUAAGAAUAAAUAAAAACACGAUUCAGAGAGAUGCACAAAUUUUCUCCGAUUUAUCGGAGGAUAUAAAUUGGGGGGAGAGAAUUGCUCCCAUAUCGAUAAUUUUAAAUGUUGAAGAAGGGUCAAGAACAAGCGAUCAAGGCAGACUGAUGAUUGAAAAAUACAUAUCGCUUGACAAAAUUAAAAGUUAUGAAGAAAUUUCUCUUCCGAUUCAUGUCGGGUCCAUUAUCACACCGACCGUGCCUGGCGGUUGGCGGACGAGCACACCAUCCAUUUCCCUCACUACCCCGGGAACUAUAAUCAUACAACAUUGA